CGCCUGCGUUCGACCCAGUUUGAAAGUGAAGCAACGGCUCCAGUCGCAGCUUCAGCCCCAAAACAACAACAACAGCCCGAACCUAGACCCAGAAAGCCCAGAGAUCCGGUCCGAGUCCCCUGUCCCGGGCCUCCUACCGUAGCCAUCAUGAUGCGUAAAGACGUGAACAAGCCGAAGGGGAAGACGUCGGCCUACGCCUUCUUCGUCCAGACGUGUCGGGAGGAACACCGCAAGAAGAACCCGGAGCAGUCGGUCAACUUCGCCGAGUUCUCCAAGAAAUGCUCCGAGAGGUGGAAGGCGCUGUCCCCCAGCGAGAAGAAGCGGUUCGAGGACAUGGCCAAGGCCGACAAGGUGCGCUACAACCGGGAGAUGAGGGACUACGUCCCCCCCAAAGGCUUCGGCAAGAGGGGCCGCAAGAGGAAAGACCCCAACGCCCCCAAGAGGCCCCCGUCGGCGUUCUUCGUGUUCUGCAGCGAGUACCGGCCCAGCGUGAAGCAGCAGUACCCGGGUCUGUCCAUAGGCGACUGCGCCAAGAAGCUGGGAGAGAUGUGGAGCAAGCUGAGCCAGUCUGAGAAGCUGCCCUACGAGGAGAAGGCCCAGAAGCUCAGGGAGAAGUACGACCGGGACAUGGUGGCGUACCGCGGAGGAGGAACCUUCGCCAGGAACCCUGACUCCUCAGCCCAGGGAGGAGAGGAGGAGGAGGAUGAAGAGGGAGAGGAGGAUGAGGAGGAGGAGGAAGACGACGAGUAGAAGGAGGAGGAGGAAGAGGAGGAGGUGGUGUGUGUUUCAGAGGAGCCGCUGGGAGGAGGUCAGAGGUCAGGUCCAGUCAGACAGGCUAGAGGUCAGAACGUGGUCCAGUCAGGAAGGUCAGGUUCCAGUCCUGCAGCAGGUAGGGAGGAGGAAGGUUCUGCUGGUUCUGGAUCAGCCUGGAAUGGGUCACCAUGUUCUGAUUGACC